AGGAGGAGGAGGAGAAGGAGGGAACAGUGAGAGGAAGAGGAGGAGGAGGAGGAGAAGGAGGGAACAGUGAGAGGAAGAGGAGGAGCACAACGAGGAGGAGGAGGAGGUGGAGGAAGAGUUCUAAGAGAUAAGAGACGAGGUCUAGGAUGGCGGCCUCCCCCCCUGAGCUGAAGUUUGUGAAGGUCCUCUUCCCGUACGAGUACACAGCCAGAGAUGGCCGCCGCCUCUCCAUCCAGCCGGGCGAGCGCUACUCCCUCUUGUCCAGGACCAACUCCCACUGGUGGCACGUGCGCCCCCUGCAGGAUGCCUCCAGUAAACCCUUCUACGUACCCGCGCGCUACGUGGAGGAAGUACAGUACCAGGGCGCACCAGAUGCCACCCCCUCUUCAUCAUCAUUGUCGUCAUCAUCAUCGUCUAAAAGAGAUGGUGGCAGUGGAAUAGAUCAGGACACACUGAAUGUCUCUUCUUCAUCUGCCUCACCUUCCUCCUCCUCCUCCUCUUCUAGAACUCCAGAAAGGGAUGAAGGUAGAGGUGGGGAUGGAGUGAUAGUGACUGGUGCCAUUGCCACUUCUGCUGCUGGAGGGGGUCUUGGUGGUGGUGAUUGUAGUCCAGCCACCAGUGUUAGGAGUGGUCCUGAUGCUGAAGGAAUUGCUCCUGGUGGUCCUGAUGCUGUUGCCCGUGGCGACGCUUAUGGUGAUGAUGGUUCAGUGGACCCAAGUACCCCUGUAGCAGAGGUCACGCCAUGCUGGCUGACGCCCACGGAGGAGAGGGGGGUGGUGGAGCUGGCCACUUCCCUGAGGGAGGUCGAGGCUGAGGCAGAGGCUGAAGGGCCCUAUGAGAACUCGCUAUGGCUGGCUGGGAUAGCCCCUCCCCAAUCCUACUGUUCUAUAUCCUCCACGGGACCUGUGGACAGCACUGGCAUUGUGGGCUCUCCCUCACAGCAGCAUCGAGAGUGGGCCGAUAUGGACAACGGUAACAGAGAUCCUACUUCUUCUGGGCGAGAUGAUGCAGCCCAUAAAAACUAUGAUGUAAACGCCAACUUCAACGGCCACCGCACUCCGGAUCCUCAUCAGACUAGCAGCAUCGGAUACUCAGAGUAUGACAACGGACAAAUGUACAUCGAUCCCGACUACCAGACACAGAUGGACACAGAACCCACCUACGACAGGCGGAUAGAACAAAGCUAUGAGCAAGACGCACAACAACCGACCUAUGAUGCAGAGAUGCAAGUUGGUCUGCCUGACACAAUGUCUACGGCUGGGUUGCCACAGCAACGGGACUUGGUAGCGGAUGGAGUAUACGAGAGCAUAGAUAGCCUUCAGGAGGAGGACGCGCUAGCUUUGGCUGGGCUGAGCUUGGAGACACCUGGGGUUGACAUGGCAACAUCGCCUGUCGUCGUCAAGGAGACGGAUACACACCCACAGCCUGCACCUGAACAGGUGCGUGAUGAUGAUGAUGGUGAUGACGAUGAAUCCCCGGUGUACGUGAACCUUCCCCCCUUCCGCCGGAAGCCAGGCGAACCGCCAUUCGACUCUUCCGAGCCGUACCACGAGCCAAACCACCCCCAGCCCCAGACCCACCCCCAUCCCCGCCUCUCUCCCUCCAACCGCCUCUCCCGGUCUCCGGAGGACUUGGACCACGGCCGUGACCUUGGAGGUGGCGGCCAUCACGACCUUGGCAGUGCCCUCCGGAGUCACUUCGGCAGGCGCAGUGACUUUGAGAGCCGCAGUGACUUUGGGCGUGACGACUCCACUCCCGCUGUUGCCGUAGCGCAGCCUGGUGGUGGUGGCGAGGAGGAGGAGGAGGAGGAGGAGGGCAAAGGGGGUGAGGGAUGGGAGGUGCACGUUGACGAGGAGAGCGGACAGGAGUUCUACUUCCACCCGGCCUCUGGAGAGACCACUUGGGACAGACCGCCGGCCAUGGACGCCCCCACCGCCACCACAUCACUUCCUGUCACUAGGCUAGAGGAACCCCGCCUCCCUCAGAUGAUCACACCCCGACGCACCCCGACACACUCCCCUUCUCAGCCCUAUCCCACAGGCUACCCAUCCCCCCCUUCCCCCUCCACCCCUCCAGCGGGUCUACCCCCCACCCCUCCUCUGGCCUCCAGCCCCCCCGCCUGGAGAGCCUCCGACUGGCAGCGAUUGGUGGACGAGGGCAGUGGGCGGAGCUACUAUUAUAACCACGCCUCUGGGGAGACGUCCUGGGACCCACCUGAAGGGGUGCAGACACACAGGAGAGAUGAGGGCCCGCCCCCUCUCCCCGAGGAGGACUACCCAGCUGAGGACGUGUACACGGCGUGUCUGGAAGACGACGCCCCCUCGGGAGGAGGAAGCACCGGCGUUCCCGUGACGACGACGGUCUCCGGGACGAGUGGGGGUGCGCAUGUGGCUCCCUCCGAGUACUCGCUGGCGCACGUGAGCCGUUCCGUCAUCCCCAGGGCCUCGCUGGACCGCAGCACGCCGCCGGGGUGGACGCUACACGUGGACCAGGAGGGGAUGUGGGUCUUUACUAGCGAACACACACAGGAACAGUGGAUUAAGUCUCUGGAUGACCGAGGUCAGACGUACUACUACCUGAGGGAUGGAUCUCGCUCGCAGUGGACUCUACCCGAGGUGAGUCAGAGUCAGUCUCGUGUGGGUAACGGCAGCUCAGAACUUGACGGCUCAUCAGUGAUGAGGAACUGGAGGCACAGCGUUGUUCCCUCCUCCACACACGAUGAGCUGAAGUUCCAUCCCACUCACCGACGGAACUUGUCGGACUAUGGCAGCGACAUGUCAAGCUCUCCAGACGGUCACUCACAGGUGGACUCCAAGCAGGAGAAGAGUCCAGCACACGACACCACAGACACUCAGCCCUCAGUAGUUUUGCCGAGCUUAGAGAAAGCCGGCAUCCUGAACAAGACGAAGGUGUCAGAGAACGGUAAAAAAGUCAGGAAGAACUGGGGCCAGUCAUGGACGGUUCUACACGGAGGUGUUCUAACGUUCCACAAGGACCCAAAGUCGGCCCCCAGCAGUACCUCAAUGAAGAGCAAUCAGAUCCUUCCGGAAUUCACGGUGGACCUCAGGGGCGCCACGUUGACCUGGGCUGCCAAGGACAAAUCCAGCAAGAAGAAUGUCAUAGAGCUGAAGAGUCAGAAUGGCUGUGAGUACCUGAUCCAGUAUGACACAGAGAGCAUCAUCAGCGACUGGCACAAGGUCAUCCUGGACACCAUCAGGCAACUGGAGCAGGAGCAGCAUCAUUCUGACGAGGAGGAUGACGUGUAUGAGAAGAUGCCUGGUGUGGACGACAGGCCCUCCAGUGGUCAGGACAAGAAGCGCGUCGUGGCUCCUAAGCCGAGCUUCACGGGCUCCACCUCUGAGCACGACCAGAAGAAGGUGAAGACGAAGCUGCGCAAGUUCCUGCUGAAGAGGCCCACACUACAGUCUGUCAAGGACAAGGGCUACAUACGAGAGAACGUGUUUGGCUGCCACCUGGCUAACCUGUGUGCCCAGGAGAGGACCACUGUGCCCGUCUUCGUAGAGAAGUGCAUACGCACCGUGGAGAAGAGAGGUCUGGGUAUUGACGGCCUUUACAGGGUCAGUGGCAACUUGGCUACCAUACAGAAGUUGCGUUUCAAGGCUGACCACGAGGACAUCGACUUCGAGGAGGGCCACUGGGAUAUCCACGUGAUCACGGGGGCUCUGAAGCUCUUCUUCAGGGAGCUGCAGGAGCCCCUCUUCCCAUACAGCCACUUCAACAACUUCGUAGCCGGCAUCAAGAUCGCAGACUAUCAUGAAAAGGUGUCGUAUAUGAGUGAGCUGGUCAGAUCCCUCCCUGCCGAAAACCAUGACACCAUGGAGACCCUCUUCAGGCACUUACGCAACGUGAUAGAACAUGGAGAGGAGAACCGUAUGACGGUGCAGAACAUCGCCAUCGUGUUCGGCCCCACGCUCCUGAAGCCGGAGAUGGAGUCGGCCAACAUCACCAUGUUCAUGGUGUUCCAGAACCAGAUCGUGGAGUUUGUCCUCAACGAGUUCGACAACCUCUUCUACUCCAGAUGAUCUGUUAGCUAGCUAGCUAGCUCACACACACCUCAACAUAUUCUACAGAAGAUGACACACACACACACUGGAGAUGAUCUGCUUCUCAUACACUAGGGGUGUAAAUAAAUAAUAAUCGAUAUGUAGCGAUGCAUCGAUCCUACGAUCCGGCCGACGAUCAAAUCGUAUCGUAUUGUGGGGCAUUCAGUGUCGAAAAUAAUCUAGUCGCUGCCUUAAGAAAUCGAUAUUGAAUCGUAUCGUCAUGGAGGCUGUGAUAUACACCCCUAUCACACACACCUCGAUAUAUUCUACGGAAGAUGACACACACAAACACACCUGAAUAUGACAGAUCUCACACCCACCCCAACAUCUCAUGUAGGUGUUGUCCAUACAGUUGCUAUGACCUCAAGCUAGCUCAUGUGGUUAUUAGCUGGAUGCUAAGGCACGAGAACUGGGGUGCAAUUUAAACCUGUUUGUCCCAUCCUUUUCUGUUGCUUGUAGCCUCAUGACGCAAAUUUGAUAUGUAAGGG